AUGGCUACAGGUGCUGCUGAAGCUCCCCGUCGUGCUCAUUUAUACGUUGGAAACCUGUCUCCACGUGUCACCGAGUACAUGCUGACGGAGAUCUUUGCUGUCGCUGGCACUGUUCAGCACGUUAAGAUUAUCCCCGACCGUAAUUAUCAGCAUGGUGGUUUAAACUAUGGGUUCGUUGAGUACAUCGAUAUGAGGGCAGCUGAAACAGCCCUUCAAACACUCAACGGACGGAAAAUCUUUGAUACCGAAAUUCGCGUUAACUGGGCAUAUCAAGGCCAACAAAAUAAGGAAGACACCACGGGCCACUUCCAUGUCUUUGUCGGCGAUCUCAGUCCCGAGGUAAAUGACGAAGUGCUGCGCAAAGCCUUUGCUGCUUUUGGCAGCUUGUCCGAUGCUCGCGUUAUGUGGGAUAUGAAUUCUGGAAAGUCUCGUGGCUACGGUUUCCUAGCUUUCCGGGACAAAACAGACGCUGAACAAGCCAUUGCUACCAUGAACGGUGAAUGGCUUGGAUCGCGCGCAAUUCGCGUUAAUUGGGCCAAUCAGAAGACGCAAGGCAGCGGCGGAGGUGGCGGUGGCGGCGGUGGUGGUGGUGCACCCAUGCAUAGCCCUGGUAUUGCCAUGCAGGCACCUAUGGCCGGUGGUGCUCCCGCUCCUAUAAACUUCAUGGGAGGUCCAUUGUCGUAUGAGGGAGUUCUGGCGCAAACUCCAGCUUACAACACCACCGUCUAUGUCGGAAACCUUGUUCCUUACUGCACUCAAGCGGAUCUUAUUCCCCUUUUCCAGUCGAUUGGUUACUUGUCGGAAAUCCGCAUGCAGGCCGACCGUGGAUUUGCCUUCGUCAAGCUUGACACACACGAAAACGCUGCGAUGGCUAUCGUUCAGCUCCAAGGGCAACUCGUACAUGGACGUCCGAUUAAGUGCAGCUGGGGGAAGGAUCGUGCGGCCAACGAAGCGGGUGCCGCAGGAACCAUCACUGCGACACCUGGAGUGCAGCCUUACGGCAAUAUGGCUGGAUGGAUGCCGCAGCCCAAUCAGUACCCUCAAUUCGGUUAUGGUUAUCCUGGGUUCCCCGGUGCACAGCAAGCUGCGGGACAAACUCCUGCACUUGCCGGCCCUGGAGCUAAUGCAGGGCAGCAGACUUUCUCAGCAGCUGGAAUUACUGGCGCCGCCCAACCUGGUGCGAUAGAUCCUUCGCAGGCUCAAGGACAGGCUCCACAGUGGGGAGGACAGGAUCAGAAUGCUUAUGCUCAAUCAUACUGGGGUGGCUACUAUGGCGGCCAACCCGAUGGUCAACAACAGCAACAGACGCAGCAAUCUUGA